GAGGGAAAAGCCUCGUGUAAGUACUUAGGCGACCGGGGGGGGGUCUCGAAUGGGUGCUCAGCCUCCCUGAUCCGUGUAGUCGAUCUCAGCUGCUAUUUCGACUGUACAUAUAAACUACAGCCUCCCGUCUGCAGAAAAUACUCAGCUUCGGGGGGGUUGGAGUCGUGAUGUGGCGAUUUUACGAACAGAGACUUGUACUUGGCUGCGGCGUCAUCCAGUAGAGCGGCGGAGGCCUGAGGCUUGGAGGCUGGGUUGACAUGUCCUCGUGUCUGGUAUGUUUCAGCGAGGAUUCGUGAAACGAGGACCACUCGGAGGACACUCUGCGCCGGACAGAAUAAUCAGACAAAGCCCUUCAAGACACAGAGACAUGCCAUGCCCUCUUCGCAGCAGCAAAAACACGGCCAGCUAGCCCUUCACCGGUCGGUCUCAAACCCUCGAAUAACGGCGUCGACUGAAGAACGGUUUUCUUUGUUCCCGACUUCCCACCGCCUUCGCUGGGCUGGCGCCAAGAGUCCCGCCGGCCGGGGUCAGGGUCAAGCUAAAAAUAGGAUCUUUACGGGGCAAAAAGCUGUCAGUCCCAGGAUUAAAAGCGCCUUCAUACGAGCGGCCGUUCCGCUGACAUUGGGCCCUCCCGACUCCCGACUCCCGACUGCCGAGCGUGCGCGUUUAGGGGCGGGCACGUGAUAAUCAUGGUCGAGAGAGGAUUGGAAUUUGGAACCCUGGGGGGAGAGCGGGGAGGAGGUAAGGAGUCGAGGAGUUGGGGAGUAGGGGAAUAGGGGAGUCGAGGGAUCGAGGAGUCGAGGAGUCGAGGAGUUGAGGAGUCGAGGGCUGAUGAGGGUUUACGGUAGGGACUUUGAACAGGCCCUGAAAAAGACACUUUAUGACUUGAUGGAUAACACUAUUGACAGCUCCAGUUGAAGGCAUAGACACCUCAUAUAAUGGGGGCACUAGUGUCGGGACUCCACAG